ACGCACGCACGAACAAACACACACACGCACGCACACACACGCACCCACCCACACACACAUGCUUCCCAUGAACCUGCUGUGACCGCGCCUCUGAGCCCGACGAAAUGCAAUACGUACGAUCGCUAGCAGGAGGCGUGUCCAAUACCUGGAACUCCAUCAAUCCUGCCACCCUCUCCGGUGCCAUCGAUGUCGUCGUCGUCGAGCAGGAAGAUGGGUCCUUGGCCUGUAGUCCAUUUCACAUUCGCUUCGGCAAAUUCUCUCUGCUGCGGCCCUCGGAAAAGAAGGUGGAAUUCAAGGUGAAUGGCGAGAAACGGGACUUUCCCAUGAAGCUGGGCGUGGGAGGAGAGGCUUUUUUCGUCUUCGAGACCCUGGACGAUGUGCCCGAAGCCCUCCAAACCUCGCCUCUGGCAUCGCCAGCCGGCAGUCCAGAAUUGAAAGCCAGCGCCCCCGAACCGCCUGCGCUGCAAGAGCCAGAGUCGUUCGAUCUCGAAAAGAAUGCCUUGGGUCUGGCACAAGAUGGGGCAUCUCGCUCCAAAGGACACAGUAAAAGUACUCCUGCUGCCUCUCCUCUGCAGAGAAGGCCUAGUAGUGAUGCGGAGAACUCGACGCAGCCUCCGACUUCUUCGGACAAUGAACAAUCGCCCCGACCACGGCCACUGUCGGGCGAAUUUCCUGUCAGCGCCCUGCACCAUCCUCUCGAUCGUACCUCCUCCGACAGUGCGCUUCCCGCGGCUCGAGCCGUCAUCAACGAGUCCCUGGACCACUCGGAGCUCAUCAUGCAGGCCGGGUCAGAGCGAGCGGCUAGUCCAUCGAGCAGGAGAACGAACGGAUUAGACGAUGCUGCUGUUGCUUCUCCUUCUGCCCCUUCGUCGAAACAGUCAGAAGCAAAGGAGCGCGCCAUCGCGUUGUCGAAGAAGCUGUGGACAUCAAAUAUCAGCAAUCAGGUCACCGAGUCGGGUGAUCUCAUGCUCGAUAUGAGUAAUUAUGGCAGCAGUAACGCGGAAGCCCUGCAGGCAGAAGGUAUCGCCAGACAGCUCCUCUCAGAAGAGCUGGACGGCCCCUAUGACAUCGGCUCACUCAUCGGCGCUGACGAAAAGGGUAACAUCUGGAUCUACAGCAGUGAAGAAGCCAAGGAUGCCGCCAACAAGCGUGCAGUGGCGUCGGGCAUGGGCAGCUACAAUCCGACGGCAUAUGCUUCUACAGAUGCCAUCUCGGAUCCAGGUUAUCACUCUGACGAUACACGAAGCGUGGACUCGAAGUCUGGCUAUGUCAACUCUCACAAUCGGCGUGACUCCGAUAGUGCGGUCGAGAUAGGUUCCCAAGCGCCCUCAUCGUCUUCUGCGAUCGCAGGAGAUCCCAACAAGAAUUACGCUAAAACGCUACGUCUCACGUCGGCACAAUUAAAAGGUAUGGAUCUGAAACCAGGAGCAAAUAGCAUGGCCUUUACCGUAAACCGUGCCACAUGCGAGGCCACUCUAUGGUACUGGAGGCACGACGUACCCAUUGUGAUUUCGGAUAUCGAUGGAACCAUUACCAAGUCGGACGUGCUGGGGCAUGUGCUCAACAAAAUUGGCCGAGAUUGGACGCAUCAAGGCGUCGCUAAGCUCUACACUGAGAUUGCCUCCAAUGGCUACAACUUUCUGUAUCUGACCAGCAGAAGUGUGGGCCAAGCAGAUACUACCAGAGCAUACCUCAAGGGUGUAACACAGGAAGGGUACAAGCUCCCUCCUGGCCCGGUCAUUCUGAGUCCCGAUCGGACCAUCGCAGCAUUGCGACGUGAAGUGUACCUACGCAAGCCGGAGAUCUUCAAGAUGGCUUGCUUGCGAGAUAUCAUGUCGCUCUUUGCCGGCCAUGGUGGAGCACAGAACACUACUGAAAAUGCAUUGGAGGCAGGUCUCAAGCCCAUGAAUAUGGCAAACUUGCCUGGGGGUCUGGGAGCCGGUCGAGGGAAGGCUGGCUCGCCAUUCUACGCGGGAUUCGGAAAUCGCUUGACGGAUGCGCUCAGCUACCGAUCUGUCAACAUCCCAUCCACACGAAUCUUCACCAUCAACACCAAUUCCGAAAUCAGUCUGGACCUCCUGUCGCUGAACCACUAUAAGACGGCAUAUAGCAGCAUGCGAGAAAUUGUCGACCACUACUUCCCGCCUGUUGGUCUGCUUGUCAUGGGCGGCGGAGAAGAAUUUACCGAUUUCAAUUACUGGCGAAGUAAGCCGAUGGAUCUAGCAGACUUCACCGACUCGGAAGACGAGGAUGAACCUGUCACCUCGCCGGUGCCCAAAUUGCAGGCGACCAUCACUAGAGACAGCCAAAGCAUCCUGAGCGAGGACGAAGCCGGCGACGAUAUGAUGGACUCGUACUUUUCCGACCCCGACGGUCGUCCCAGCCUCGAUCAAUCCAUUGCAUCCAUGCUCGGACGCGAUGAUGAUUACGAUGAUGAGGAUACCAAUGAUGAACUCACCCAGUCCAUGAUUGACGAAGAUGAAGAGGGAGACGAGGAGAACGAGUACGAGGAUGAGGAUGACACUGACGCCCAGGGAGAGGACGAGGACGAGGCAGAGGAGGACUGCGAGGUCCAAGAUUCUCGCGGGGACGCACAUUCUCCUAUCGCGCAACGCACACCACAGAUGGAGUCAAGCCCGCGGGAAAUCUCAACGCCACGGAAGCUCAGUGAUGACCACCAGAUUACGAGCGGACAAGUGAGCCGAAUGGAUGACUCAGUUUCUGGUCCGAGUAUCGACCAGCUUAGUCCUGCUACGGCACGAAAUGCGCCGCAGAAACGAUAGAGUAUUGCCCCUUUUUCGCUAUGCUUCACACUGCCAGCUGCGGAAGUAAAAGUGUCUAGAGUAUUGGACAGAGACGAAGAGGAUGAAGAAGCAAAGCAUAGCAUGCCAUAGUAUGGUCAUUCGUGGGCGUUACAGCGGGCGUUUGGUAUUUGUAUAGCAUUGCAUAUGUGCAUCUGUGGAUGGCGCAGCUAGAACUGUCCCUGGGGGAGGACUUGGCUGGUGCGUUGUUAUACGUAUCGGAGUAGCUAGAUGAUGAUGAUGAUAAUGGUAAAC